CUCACAAGGACCUAUAAGGGUUCUCACCAUGUCCCGCCGAUUGCAGCUAGUGUUUGGAGCUCCGCGUAACCCGGAAGAGCGGCGUUGUUUUUUUCCCUGAAGGAUAUCGGCAGCACCGCCCUCGCGGGCUACUCUGGAAUGAAAAACAAACAUUUGGCUGCUAACGCACCUAGCUGUGGUGCACACACAUUUGCUAACAAAACACAAUGGAGAGCAGCGAUAGAAUGGAGACUGAAGGAUGGGAUUCGGGGCUGGAGGAGGAGCUGGGGGUCUCCCUGGAUGAACUGAAGAAGUGGAUCGAGGACGCGGUGGAGCAGAGUGACUCAGUGCAGAGGAGGAAGGCCCAGCUGGAUGACCUCAAACAGUGGGUGGAGAAAAAGGAAGAAGAGGAGGCCACCACCGAGGAGCUCAUCAGCAAUGCCAACCAGUCUGUGUUGGAAUGUGAGAAGCUGGUGAGGAAGUCGUACCAGGACAAUGGCCUGGUGUAUAAGAGCAGCUCGGAGGACGAGUCCAGAGGGGGCGGACCCCUCUCCUCCGAGGUCAUCGAGAUCGACGACGAGGACGAUGAUGACGAUGUCAUUGCCGUCGGUUGCUUGGUUCCUCCCAAGAAGCCGGGUACUCCUGUUAAAGAUGGAACGUUUAAGGACGCUUCCACCGUCCUGCAUAAGACCACGCAGCAGGUGCACAAGUUGGUCCGGAUAGUCGGCAAGGCGUCGCCUGCUGCCCCUCAGCUCCGGUCCUCCAUACAGCCCCCACACCUCGGGGCUCAUCCGACGGCACCUACCGUAUUUGUCUCCCAGCCUCCGGCCUUCUCCCCAACCAAACCCAACCCCGCCAUUGAGGAGGGGGAACUCACAGUAGAAAUGACCAUUCUUGGAAAGAAACGCACCAAGACCUGGCACAGAGGCACCCUCGUUGCUAUCAACCAUGUUGGGAACGGCAUGUUCAAGUACAAGGUGAAGUUUGAGAGCAAGGGCAAGAGUCUCCUCUCUGGGAACCACGUGGCCUUCGAGUACCACCCCACGCUGGAGAGUCUGUACGUGGGCGCGCGCGUGGUCGCCAAGUACAAAGACGGCACCCUGUCCUGGCUCUACGCCGGCGUUGUGGCAGAAAUGCCCAACAACAAGAACCGCAUGAGGUUUUUGAUCUUCUUCGACGAUGGCUACGCCUCCUACGUCACUCUUCCCGAGCUCUUCCCGGUCUGUCGUCCACUGAAGCGCACGUGGGAGGACAUAGAGGACGCGUCGUGCCGGGACUUCAUCGAGGAGUACAUCACAGCCUACCCCAACCGGCCCAUGGUGCUGCUGAAGAUGGGCCAGAUCAUCAAGACGGAGUGGGAGGGCACCUGGUGGAGGAGCCGGAUAGAGGAGGUGGAUGGCAGCCUGGUGAAGAUCCUCUUCCUGGACGACAAGAGGAGCGAGUGGAUCUACAGAGGCUCCACCCGGCUGGAGCCCAUGUUCAAUCUCAAGCUGACCUCAGCCAACACCCAGGAGAAAAAGCUGGCCGGCCAGCAGAGGACCAGACCCAACAUGGGAGCGCUGAGGAGCAAGGGCCCCGUGGUUCAGUACACCAGUGAGGGGGCCUCCCCCAGCAAAGCAGCCCCCCUGAUGGCUGCUGUAAGCUCCCCGCUCAGCUCCCCGCUCAGCUCCCCACUAAGCCAGUUCCUCUCACCCUCACAGUCUGCACGUUUUGAUAAUAAACAGCAGAUGGCGAGGAAAAGCACAUCUCCGUUUAUUCCAGGGGUAGGAGGCACCCAUGCCUCUAAGAUCCUGCAGGCCAUGUCCUCCAGUCUCAACCAGAUCCCCAGCGGAAGACCAGCCGCCACCAUGCUGUCGCCCGUACCUUUCAACUCAACAAAUCAGUUCCAGAAACAACCUCCGUUGAUGUCUUUGGUCCCCAUGGCCCCCCCACCCCUAACCCUUCCCCUAUCCCUACCUCCACCCCCACUACCAGCCCCAGUCCCAACCCCCCCCACCCUCAUCGCCGGCCCCGUAGUCUACCAGCAGCCCCCCUACCGCGCCCCCGCAGACCGCAUCUUCUACCUGAUGCACACCUGCCAGCCCGCCUGUCUGACCCGCAUUCGGCCCUCGCGCCCGGACAAGCACCGGGGGAAGAACCCCCUGCUCACCCCGCUGCUUUACGACUUCCGCCGCAUGACGGGCCGGCGCAAGGUCAACCGCAAGAUGUCCUUCCAUGUGAUCUACAAGGCGCCGUGCGGCCUGUGUCUGCGCAACAUGGAGGAGAUCCAGCACUACCUCUUCCAGACGCGCUGCGACUUCAUCUUCCUGGAGAUGUUCUGCCUGGACCCCUACGUCCUGGUGGACCGGCCCUUCCACCCGUCCCGGCCCAUCUACUACAUCCUGGACAUCACCGGGGGACGGGAGGACAUCCCCCUCUCCUGCGUCAACGAGAUCGACUCCACACCGCCGCCCAAAGUGGCCUACAGCAAGGAGCGGAUCCCAGAGGACGGAGUGUUCAUCAACACCAGCCCGGACUUCCUGGUCGGCUGCGACUGCACAGAUGGCUGUAGAGACAAGUCCAAGUGUUCCUGCCACCAGCUGACCCUGCAGGCCACAGGCUGUACCCCCGGGGCCCAGAUCAACCAGGGCGCCGGCUUCCUCCACAAACGCCUAGACGAGUGCCUGCCCACCGGGAUCUAUGAGUGCAAUAAGCGGUGCAAGUGCUCGGCUCAGAUGUGCACCAACCGGCUGGUGCAGCACGGCCUGCAGGUGCGCCUGCAGCUCUUCAAGACCCAGAACAAGGGCUGGGGCAUCCGCUGCCUGGACGACGUCGCCAAGGGCUCUUUCGUCUGCAUCUACGCUGGUAAGAUCCUUACCGACGACUUCGCCGACAAAGAGGGUCUGGAGAUGGGGGACGAGUACUUUGCCAACCUGGACCACAUAGAGAGCGUGGAGAACUUCAAGGAGGGCUACGAGAGCGAGGCACACUGCUCGGACAGCGAGGGCAGCGGCGUGGACAUGUCCAAGAUCCAGAUCACGCCCUCGGCGCUGGUGUCGGGCAGCGCCCCGCGACGGACGUCCAAGAAGGCGGACGCCACUAAGAAGAGCACAGAGAGCCCCGACUCUUCCAAGGACAGCAACGAGGAAGAGGAAAAGGACUCAAAGAGCGACGAAGACAGCGACAGCUCGGACGACACGUUCAUCAAGGACACCUACCUGAACUCCAGCUCAGUGUGGAGGAGCUACACGACGCGCAACCAGGCCAAGGGCAACAAGGAGGGAAGUCAAGACAGUAAAGACGGGGUAGCGACGGAGGACACAAAGUCGCUAACCAUGCCUGAGGAGAUGGGGAAGAACAAAGUGGCCUCGUGGCUCACCACCCAGGGCCUGAAGAAGGACCCUGAGGACAGCAAAGGGCAACUGAAGUUGGAGGGAGGGAAGAAACAAGAUGUGAUGACGCUGUCGGACAGUGAUGACGUCCAGACCAUCAGCUCAGGGUCUGACGACAACAAGGACAAGAAACCGGCUCCCAACGUGAAGAAAAGGCAGGUGGCGGUCAAGUCGACGAGAGGCUUCGCCCUGAAGUCCAAUCACGGCAUGAUGGUGAAGACCGGGCCCUCCACCGCGGGAGGGGCCCCCGGGGGCCAGGGAGGCAGCAUGGGCAAAUCGGGGAAGAGCGGAGGAGGGGGAGGCGGGGGCGGGGAGAACGCGCCCAGAAACACGCGGCAGUUCUUCGACGGAGAGGAGUCAUGCUACAUCAUCGACGCCAAACUGGAGGGCAACCUGGGCCGCUACCUGAACCACAGCUGCAGUCCUAACCUGUUCGUCCAGAACGUGUUUGUGGACACGCACGACCUGCGAUUCCCAUGGGUGGCCUUCUUUGCCAGCAAGCGGAUCCGGGCAGGGACGGAGCUCACUUGGGACUACAACUAUGAAGUGGGCAGCGUGGAGGGCAAGGAGCUUCUCUGCUGCUGUGGGUCCACCGAAUGCAGAGGAAGACUACUAUGAGAGAGACACACUGGUGUUCCCAUCACAUCCAGUUUGUGUUCCCAUCAUAUCCAUCCAACCGCACAUUUAUUGUACUCGGCUGUACUGGUCUUUGCUGUACUGUUUUUCCUUAGUUGAGCCAAGUAUUUUAUUGCUGUAUUGUCGUAUCUUUUUGCUUUUAUAUCCACGUUCCCAGUUUUAUAUUAUUUUAUCUUUGCGUAACGUCUGAAUCUCAAUAAAAAAAUCUUUUUCACC